AUGAAGGUAUAUGUGCUUGGUGCCGGUUCUAUGGGCUCCCUAGUGGCCCACUAUAUGUCCUUGGCUCACCCGGAAUUGUCAAUGGUACUUCUUAUGAAAACACAAGCUCGAUUGGACAAUUUUGUCAGACACAACUCGGAAAUUUCUGUGGUCAAAAAAGACGGAAUUGUUCGUGCCCAGCUUGCAGCGGGUGGUAUGCCUCCUAUGCGGAAGGACGGUAACCCUGCGCACAUAGAAAAUCUCAUAGUAGCCACAAAAACCCAUGCUACUGAAACUGCUCUUGAGCCGUAUCUCAAAAAUAUUUCUUCCAGCACAAACUUGUUACUUUUGCAAAACGGAAUGGGCAUGCCUGAGUACUUGACAAGAAAAUUCUGGCCCUCGGGGAACCGUCCGCAAAUUUUCCAGGCCAUAUCGACACAUGGAGCAUAUAAAUCGUCACAAAAUGUGGUUCAACACACGGUCAAUGGUUCACUUGUGAUAGCUGAACAGCCGGAAAUUACUCAACAUACUACUACAACGAUUCCACUGAACCCUCUAGUAGAUGCCAUUGUGUCUACUCCCGAGUUGAAUGCUUCUCAUGUGAAUUACUCGGACUUUCUACUUGCUCAGAUCGACAAGCUCAUUGCCAAUGCUUGUAUAAAUCCUCUUCUGGCCAUCUACGACUGCUUCAAUGGCGACUUGCUUCUUAGCACACACCUAUUGCCCAUCCUCAAGCAGAUUGUGAACGAAGCAAGAGCAGUUUUUCUUGCCGAAUAUAAGGUGCUCAAUGAAAACCCACAAGCGGCUGCUUCUUUGGACACAGAACGCAUGCUUGCCCACGUCGUCCGUAUGUUUGAGCUCACGGCGGCUAACAGCUCCUCCAUGAGAGAGGACAUUCGCAACUUGAACACCACCGAAAUAGACUGGAUAAAUGGCUUUCUUGUGCGGGUGGGAAAACAGCAUGGUAUAAAUACUCCCGCCAACCUCAUGCUAGUCAACAUGGUGAAAAGCAAGCUUGCUAUUGAGCGUGGACUCGACCAGAGAGCAGCAUCGUUAGUGGCAUGA